AUGUACCCCUUGUAUCUCAUAGACAAGAAAUUGAAGAUAUACAAUUUCAUUCAAUAUCUCUGUUCUUUAUGCAUUCUCAAUCUGGCUACUACCACAGCCCCCACCUUGAAUUUUCAAAUACCACAAAUCACUGUGAAACUUGAUCGCACCAACUACCCACUUUGGCGCACAAAUAUUAUCGCAGCCCUUGAAGCCUUCGAUCUGGAAGAUUAUGUUCUGAAUCCUCAACCACCUACUGAAACAAUAACUGUUCCUACUGUUGCAGCCAUUCUAGCCACUGAUUCUACUCCGGCAGUUGCUGCUGUUCCUGCCACCACAGCACCAAACCCCAAAUAUGUUGUCUGGAAGAAACGUGAUAGGUUUGUCUUAUUAUGGCUCAAAUCCACAAUGACGGAUCAAGCUCAUGCUCUGGUUGCCCGCUCAAACUCUUCUUACACAGCGUGGCAAACUAUUGAGACCUUGUAUCAAGCUCAAACUAGGGCUUGUCGUAUGCAAAUAAGAAAUCAACUUCAGACUCUUACAAAAGGAUCAAUGACCAUGAUGGAAUACAUUGAAAGGAAAAGGUCAUUGGCUGAUUCUUUAGCAGAGAACUUACGCCCAGUUCAUGAAGAAGACCUAAUCAACUACAUUCUUCCUGGCCUGGACUCAUCUUAUGGCAGUUUCAUUACUGCUUUUAUGAUGAAAUCUGAAACUCUAACAGUUGAUGAUCUCAUAGGUCUUUUGUUACAGGAAGAAGCUAGACUUGAACAAGAUCAUGUUCGCCUUGCGUUUGUCCCACAAGCCCCCGCUGCUGCCCUAACUGUAAAUCGAUCAAAUCAUCGCUCAUCUCACUCCUAUGCUGGUCACGGAUCAAGUACUCCAUCAAAUGCUGCUCAAAGGGCGAAUUAUUCUAAUGCAAAUCGCAGCUCUGACCAGAGGAGAUGA